AUGGCUAUCUUCCAAUUGUUCAUCAUUUUGAAGCAAAUCAAACGCAAUCCAAAAAGAGUUCUCACUGUUCCAACUCGUCAUUCCGAAGAAAUCAAUGAAGAGAUCUCUUUGAAUGCAUUCCAACAACUCAUUCAAAAGAUCUUGAAUAUUUCUAGCUAUGACAAGAUGAAAAUCAAGGUUCAACUCGGAGAUCAGUUCAAAUCCAUUCGAAAUGACAAGAAAUGGAAUGAAAUCAUUCCCAAGUUACAACAGAGUGCUGGUCCAAAGGGUACUCUUGAUUUCAAGAUUAAAGUCCGUGUUGAACAUAAGGAUGAAGAUGAAUACCGUGGUAAAUUUGUUAUUUCUCAACAAGUGACACCUCAACAUGCAAAGGAAGACAUCAAAAUUGGUGGAGGCUCAGUAUCAGAAGAGAAAGUAAAUGAAGAUGUUGAAAUCAUGACUCAGCAAGACAAGAAUUCUUUUUCGUUCGAUGUUUGA